AUGAUAUGGGUGACCAUUGUUGCCCUAGGUUUCAGCAUUUCCAACCAACGCAAGCCUACAAGCAUUCAGGAAGACGGCUUCAAUAAACCGUGGCGACCAUUGCCCAGUAAACGGAUUACCCCUUCACAAGCAAAUGCGCUUCUUGCGGUAUCAACCGCCGUGGGACUCUUCUUCAGUAUGGUGUAUGGAGGUUUGGUUCCAUACAUUAUUCAACUGGCAGCUUCGUAUCAUUACAAUGACCUCGGCGGAGCUCAGGGUCACUAUGUCAUCCGCGAUGGACUCAACGCUAUCGGAAUGACAAGCUGGUUGUACGGCUGCAUCGAGGUCGCGGGCGGACCUGAUCUACACUUCUCGAAGUCGGAUCUCACCACAAGCGUCACACUCUUCAUUGCGAUUACGACGACCAUUGCUGUUCAGGACUUACGAGAUCUUGAUGGGGACUCCAAGUGCGGUCGUGCAACUAUGCCAAUCACUCUUGGACAUAAGACAGCGCGAAGUAUUGUGGCCGUAUCUGUGCUCAUAUGGUCCUUUGGAACAGUAUUCGUCAUGAAUGCACGGGUGUUUUCUGGCCUCACAGCAUUGGGCAUGCUCAUUUCGGCGCGGUUGCUGUUGCUACAGCAUCGCGCCGCUGACAAAAUCACUAUGGAGAUCUGGUACAGCUGGUUUGCAGCGCUUCCUCUAAUCAUGUUCCAGUGA